UAGUUCAUACGUGGCUUUACUCUUCUCUCUUAUCUCUGAUCGAUAUAUCUUCCGGCCCUCUACCACGAUUUAUCUUUCGAUAUAAUUAGACAAGUAAGUGUACAGUAUACAUUUAUCGGGAUAUUCGCCUAUGGAGUGUUAUAUGUCCCGACAUGGGUACAAUGUGUGUCAUUGGGCCCGUGGAAACUGGAAUGUCAGAGCCUUCAAUUCCACCGCUUCCUAACGUGAGGAUGGCACGUGGAGAUGCUGGCACAGCAACUAUAUCAACCGACCAUGACGCUAUCAAAGAUCCCCCAGCUCUCAAUAGCUUCAAUGAUACAACAACUUGGAUUGAUAGUCCGAUCCCUCUGGAGGAAAACCUAAAGAAGCUAUCUUUAAAAAGUCCUGAAGUUCUUCUUGAGAGAGGUCGGGCUGACAGAUCCAGGUUUGCAUGGAAAACCAUCGAGGAAAAGCCGUAUACAAAACCUGAAGGCUCGAGGCCUCAAACAACCGCAAGGUCGUCCGUGAGUAGCAUCAAUUAUGAUGAUGAUCAUGAAACUUUCGUCCACGCUUUACUGCAUGCCCCAAGUCCUGAUUCUACAGCUGGUGGAAUAGCAGAUUUAAGUGAUGAACAUACACAGACUUGCAUUCCAAAUAUCGUCUUUGAGAAGAUGAAUGAAAAGGAGCCUGUCAAGAAAACACCUACUCCAAGAAGGAAGAAAGGUCAAGCUUCCACCAAGGCAAAAAUUUCUUCAAAAACUGAACACUUAGGUAUUUGUCAGAAUAAUCUUCAAGGAUUAACCAACCACCGAGCUGGACUCUCUGCGACUUCAAUGUUUGGAGGCCCUUGUCAGCAGGUAAAUGUCUCUUUCCCUCCAUUGACAAUGGCAAACCAGACAACUGUAUCACAAGCUGGAAAUAUAGCACCCACCAUACAACCCGCAUCGAAGAACGUUUGCUAUCAGCAGCCUGGGAUGCCGACUGUAUCAGGCAAUGACACUAGUCCGUUGACAGCAUCACCUUUGCAUUGCGGACAGCAACCAUUGUUCUCUGUGGCUCCUCAUCAUCAACAUGAUCAACAGCGGGGGAACUUUCUGGCGACGGACACAUUUGGAAUGGGUCGAUGUUCAGCCUCAGUGAUUCCAGAUGAAUGUGGGCUUCUGACGGGUCCAAGCCGACCUCCUAUGCAGAUGCAAUUUAACAGUUGUAAUCCUAACAAGAGCUUGACUAUUGCACAGCAAACGAUGGCUGGUCUGGCUGUUGGUAGCAGCAUGAAUGCUGGACAGGAGACUGUGGGCGGGCCUGGGUGGCAAAAUGAGAUAUAUGGUGGCCAGAAAAUAAAUUAUUGUCUGCCAGAGAAACGCGUGAUGAGCGAUAGACCACAGGUGGCAUCUGCACCCGCACAUCCGACAACAGCAUGUCUUAUAUAUACGGCAGCGAGUAACAACAGUGUGCGACAGCAGAACCAUGGUCUGGAUAGGAAUAAUACAGUAAGCCAGCAACAUGUGCCAGCUAGUUUGAUGGGAAGGACCAUGGUAAGUGUUGGACAACACAUGCCAAAUAGUCUGAUGGAAGGCAACAUUGCGAUUGCUGGGCAACAGAUAACAGCUGGUCAGAUUAGCGGUACCAUGGCAGUUGGAGGCCAAGAGAUGCAACUUGGUCAGAUGGGAUGUACAAUGGCGUAUGGAGGCCAGCAUAUGGCAGCUGCUCAGAUUGGAUGUACAAUGGCAAAUGGAGGUCACGACAUGACAGCUGCUCAGAUGGGAGGUGUCAUAUUAAAUGGAGGCCAGCAGAUGCCAGCUGGUCCGAAUGGAUAUACCAUGGUGAAUGGAGGCCAAGAGGUAGCAGCUGGUCAGUUGAUAGCAACCAUGGUGAAUAGAGGCCAACAUAUGCCAGCGGAUCAGAUGGGAAGUAUCAUGUUGAAUGGAGGCCAAGAGGUAGCGGCUGGUCAGUUGAUAGCAACCAUGGUGAAUAGAGGCCAACAUAUGCCAGCGGAUCAGAUGGGAAGUAUCAUGUUGAAUGGAGGCCAACAGAUGCCAGCUUGUCAGAUGGGAGAUGUCGUUUUGAAUGGAGGCCAACAGAUGCAAGCUGGUCAGAUGGGAGGUACCAUGUUGAAUGGAGGACAACAGAUGCCAGCUGGUCCGAUGGGAGGUGCCAUGUUAAAUGGAGGACAACAGAUGCCAGCUCGAGAGAUGGAAGGUACCAUGGUGAAUGGAGGCCAACAUAUGCCAGCUGGUCAGAUGGGAGGUACCAUGGUGAAUGGAGGCCAACAGAUGCCAGCUGGUCAGAUGGGAGGUGCCAUGUUAAAUGGAGGACAAAAUAUGCCAGCUGGUCAGAUGGGAGGUACCAUGGUGAAUGGAGCCCUACAGAUGCCAGCUGAUCUGAUAGAGAGUAUCAUGGCGAAUGAUAGGCAGCAGAUUGGAAUGCACAGGAUGAUGCGAGGCAGGACUUCCAGUCCUUUAGUUAUUCUGAUAACAUUAGGCCGGCAAAUGCCGAAUGAAAGGCGAAAUUCAACACGAUUCAGAACCUUGCUGCCCAAACAGAAAUAGUAACUCUCUUAAUGGAAUAAUCACUGUUCCUGUGCUGUACCAAGUUAGGGUACAAAGAAUAAUGUGUGUGACAGUCACGUAAAUGUCUGUGUCAAAGAAGCCUAUGAAAAGUUUGUAAUUAAUAGCGAUGAAACAGUUAGUGCAAGGCUUAGUGGCUGUUGAAUGGCUAUAUUAGGGUAAAUUGUAUCCAUUAACUCUGUUGGAAAAAUGUUUCAAAUAACAGUUUCUCUGUUAGGAUCUUUUUUUUUAAAAAAAGGCACAUCUUUCCUGUGGCGGAUAUUUCUGGAACAAAGACUUAUCCGAGACCCUUGUUGAGAGUAACCGCCUUAUCUUUGUUAAGGAAACAUGUUGAACAAAUGAAGCAUCUUACCCGGGGUAGCUAGUUCUGAUGACAGGAAGCAUGUAAUGAAGCAACAGUCUGAUUUUCAGAGGGAAUCUUUUCUAAAGGGAAAAUAAAUUUGUAAAACAAAUAAUUAUUAGCACCUAACUAAAACGGAAAAGAUGAUUGAGCUCCUAAAUAUUAAAAAAGGAAUUCUGAUCUCAAACCAACCCCCCAACCAAUCAUUGGUUGCUCCCUAAAAUGACUUUUGGUCAAAUUGAAGAAUGAGUGCAGUUCACAGGAUAGGAAAGAUGUGAUGGAAUGUACCGUUAUCUGUGGCUACAACGAGGUCGGAUACAGCAAAAAGACGACUAUAAGAAGCCAUCUAAGCCAUUAGACGUGGUAUUGUAGAAGGGUAUGCCCCGCUGUCCUGUGCCCAUGCCAGAUUACAUAAUUAGUCUCAAGACAUUCUCUGUAUGCACUUUGGCUGCUUAGGAACCCAGGUAGGUAGGAUAGUCGCGAUGUUGAAAAUCCGAGAAAGGAAAAUCCAAGAAAAGGAAACAAGAUAUAUUUGUAAUAAUGUAUCUCCCAAAUGGUAUCUAUUUGAUGGACAUUGUUGCUCUCACGAACACAAAAUAUUUCGAGUCGGAUGAAUUUGAUCAAUGACAAUUACCUUUAUGAGUCUUGUGUAAGUGUUAUUUCUCAUUAACCUAUUGUAUUAGAUAAUUGUAUGCUUAUAUUUAGCUUAUAUCGUUUUUUGGACAUUAUUAUGAAGUUUAUAUAUUUUGAAUUCAGAUCACAAAU